GAGUUGGGUGGUGUUUGUAGACUUGUAGUUAUUAUGGAAGUGGUUAUUACUGCAGUUACCACAAUUGUAGGGGCUGCUCUAGGAGCAGCGUUCCAGCAGCUCUUUGAUGGUGUAAUAAAGGCAAACAGAAAAGCUACAAAGUUUAAUUCCGUCUUCGGGGAUCUCAAUCUCACGCUCCAGUCUUAUCAAGAAUUGGUUAAAGAUAUAGAACAAGUUGAAAAUUUUCAACCAUUGCAGGGCCUAGAUGGUUUCAAAACGAAGAUGGAGGAGGGCAUACAGCUUGUUGACAAGUGCUCCAAUAUUCAUCCCUUGCAGUUGAAGAUCAAUUUCUUCAAAAAGAAGAAAUACGUUGGAAAACUUCGUGCAUUGGAUGGAUCUCUUAAACAACUCUUCCUCAUAUUGAAAUGGCAAGUAGACAACAAUCUGAGGAACAGGGUAAGCGAUUUGCAGAGGUCGGUGGACCGAAUUGAUAGGAACGUGGUGGCGCAAAACCGGACUGAAAAUCAAAUUAGAGGUUGGUGCGUGGUACCUAAUCCUCCGUCAUUUACUGUUGGAUUGGAUGAGCCUUUGAAGGAUUUGAAGAUGACGUUUCUAAAUGAUGAUCAAGUGUCAAUGCUUGUGCUCACUGCUCCUGGAGGAUGCGGGAAAACCACUUUGGCACAGUUGUUCUGUCGAGAUGAGGAAGUCAAAGAAAAAUUCAAGAAGAAUAUUUUCUUUGUCACUGUUUCGGAAAAGCCCAACUUGGACCGUAUUGUAGCAGAACUGUACCAGAGCACUGGAUCCCAAGUACCUGCGUUCCAGAAUGAAGCAAAUGCACUCUGCUGGCUGCAAGAAUUUUUGAUAGAAACAGGACAAAAUCCUCUACUUUUGGUCUUGGAUGAUGUUUGGGAUGGCUCUUCAGAAUCCCUGCUGCUUGAUAAGUGUCAUGAAUUCAAAAAUCCAAAUUACAAGAUUUUGGUGACUUCCAGAUUUUAUUUUCAAAGAUUUCGACCUUCAUAUAAAUUACGUCCACUAAAUGAUAAAGAUGCAUUGUCCCUUUUUCGUGAUACAACAUCAUUGGAAGAUAGCGAGUUUGUUAUACCAACAGUUCUGGUGACAAAGACUGUAAAGCUCUGUCAAGGAUUUCCACUAGCCAUUUCAGUGAUCGGAAAAGACCUUUGCAACCAACCUGCCGAGAUCUGGGAAAGAAGAGUGAUAGAAUUGUCUAAAGGUUCUUCCAUUCUUGAUUCUGAGAAAUUUUUGCUUAAUAGACUACAGAGCAGCCUAGAUGCCUUGGGUAAAGGACUGGCUCUAGUCAAGGAAUGUUUCAUAGACCUUGGUUCAUUUCCUGAAGACCGAAGAAUCCCAGCUGCUACCCUCAUUGAUAUGUGGUCAGAGUUGUAUGGCCUAGAUUUGGAUUACUUGUCCAUUGCUUUCCUGCACGAUCUCAGCAGCCGCAGUCUAGCCAAUCUCAUAGUCAUAAGGAAUGCAAAGGAGGAUGCGAAUGGCUACUAUAAUGAACACUUUGUUACCCAGCAUGACAUACUUAGGAGCCUGGCUAUCCAUCAGACAGGUCAUGACCCAACAGGACAUAGCAAAAGGUUGAAUAUAGACAUACGCAAAGAUGAUAUUCCUAAUUGGUGGUCAGAACAUAAGCAGAAACCCAAGAAGACUCGCUUAUUAUCCAUCUCAACCGAUGGGGCGUUUUCAUCAAAAUGGCACAACAUGCAUCUGCCGAAAGCUGAGGUUCUGGUUUUGAAUUUUCAGACAAAGAACUAUGCCUUUCCCAAAUUCAGGAAGAUGUCGAAGUCGUUGAAGGUUCUAAUAGUCACAAAUUAUGGUGUCAUACCAGCUGAAGUGAGUAACUUUACAUCAUUGGGUUCUUUGUCUGAGCUGAAGAGGAUAAGAUUAGAGCGCAUUUCAGUUCCUUCCAUUACCAAGAACUCCAUACAGUUGAAUAGUCUACAAAAGAUAUCUUUAUUCAUGUGUAACAUCAGGCGAGCUUUUAGCAACGGUUCCUUCAAAUUUUUUAAGGCAUUCCCGAGCCUUAAAGAAAUCAACAUUGACUAUUGCAAUGAUAUGAUGGAAUUGCCUGCUGACAUCCGUCUUCUAAUCCAUCUAAAGAAGCUCAGUAUCACCAACUGUCAUAAGCUAUCUGCCUUGCCUGAAAUGAUUGGAGAGCUAGUCAAUUUAGAAGUUUUGAGGUUAAGGUCCUGCACAGACUUGUCAGAGUUGCCAAGUUCAGUUAGGAAACUUGAAAAACUAAAGGUUCUUGACAUAUCCAAUUGCUACAGCAUUAAGGAGUUGCCUGAACACAUUGGUGAAAUGUGCUGCUUAGAAAAGCUCAACAUGAGGCAGUGCUCGAGAUUGCAAGAGCUGCCUGAAUCAAUUUUGGAUCUUGAAACGUUAACUGAUGUGAUAUGUGAUGAGGAGACAAAAGGGUUAUGGGAACCUUACUUGCCCCUUCUCAGCAACCACAUACAGAUAAGGUUGGUCAAAGAGGAAAUCAACCUAGAUUGGCUUCAAAUGCUCCACUCUUGAGAGCUUUCAUUCCUCUAUACACGAUACAUGAAAUGGCGCUCCAGAAGGUUCAUUCUUGAGUCUUGUUCUUUUCUCAAAUAAAUAUUGGAGCUGUAAAUCUAGAAUAUGUGUCUGGCCCAAACACGAGGUAGUUGAAAUAGGAUUUAUAUUAGAGAUAUUCUGGGAGAAUCUUAGGAGAUAUUCAAUCAAUGUACGAUUAUGUUUCCAUAUACAACUUUAUCUCUAUGCUUGUAAUUCUCUAUAUAAAGAGGCCCCUAUUA